UAAGGCGGUAACUCCAACAGCCAUUCCACUCACUCUUCUCCUUCGGUCCUCCGGUUCUUCCCCCUCGCAUUCCCUCCUCCACGCCCCUCCCGGCGAAGCCUAGGGUUUUAACGGCUACUCCUCUCCACCCGCCGCUUGGCCACCGCCGUUUCCCCCAGCCUCCCAUGCCGCCGAUGGACGUGGACUCGGACCCAGCCGCCGCGAGCAAGCCCACCCAGAUGGACCUCGAGGACCAGACGGACUCGAAGGGGAAGGGGAAGGCGGAAGAGGAGGGGAGCGGGAAGGGCGAGCUCGCAGACUCCAUCGGGAGCCUCUCCAUCGGCCCGGGGCGCACCGACUUCAAGAAGAAGCCCGUGAUCAUCAUCGUCAUCGGCAUGGCCGGGACUGGGAAGACGACCUUGAUGCACCGGCUGGUGUGCGAUAUGCAUGCAUCAAACAAGAGGGGCUACGUCAUCAACCUCGACCCUGCGGUGAUGACGCUGCCAUUUGGUGCCAACAUUGAUAUCCGUGACACCGUGCGGUAUAAGGAUGUGAUGAAGGAGUACGGGCUUGGUCCCAACGGUGGCAUCCUCACCUCGCUCAACUUGUUUGCCACCAAGUUCGAUGAGGUUGUGUCUGUUAUUGAAAGGCGUGCAGACCAGUUGGAUUAUGUGCUGGUGGACACUCCUGGCCAGAUUGAGAUCUUCACUUGGUCGGCUUCAGGAGCUAUCAUUACUGAAGCUUUUGCAUCAACAUUUCCAACAGUUGUUGCAUAUGUUGUUGACACACCCAGAUCAACAAACCCUGUCACCUUUAUGAGCAACAUGCUUUAUGCCUGCAGUAUUCUCUACAAAACCCGCCUCCCUCUAGUUCUGACAUUUAACAAGGUUGAUGUUGCCAAGCAUGAGUUUACUAUCGAAUGGAUGCAAGACUUUGAUGCGUUUCAGACAGCUUUGGAUUCGGACAAUUCUUACGCCUCUACAUUUACCCGAAGCCUCUCUCUGGUUCUUGACGAAUUUUACAAGAAUCUACGUUCUGUUGGAGUAUCUGCAGUGUCUGGUACUGGAGUCGAUACAUUUUUUGAAGCUAUAGAAGCAAGCGCCAAGGAAUAUAUGGAAACUUACAGGGCUGAUCUUGACAAGAGGAUUGCUGAAAAGGAAAGAUUGGAAGCAGAACGUAGGAAGGAGAACAUGGAAAAAUUGCAGAGAGAUGUGAUGAAAUCCAAAGGACAAACUGUGGUACUCAGCACUGGUUUGAAGGACAAAAAUCCUGCUUCAGACAUGAUGGAGAAUGCUGAUGAGGAGGAAGAAGAGGAGGCUUUGGAAGAUUUCAGGUUUUCCGAGGAUGAUGAUGAUGAAGAAGAUGGAGAAGAUGAGGAAGUGGCUCAUUUCAGCUUUUGAGGUGACCCAACAGUAAGUUUACUUGGUGUACUGAUGGAGAACCCAUUGAUACGUUUCCGAUUUACUGAAGUGGAAUGAAAAACCGUCUAUAUCAGUAGGUUGACUCUGCUAUUAGUCUUGUAAAUCAAUUCUAGCACUUGUUUGAACACGAUAUCCUGCGGUUGAAUUUGAUCACUUCGCUGAGCUGAA